AACGCAGAAGUUCAUGUGAUAGUGCAUACAAAAUGCUUCCUCUGUCUCUUCUCAAUGCCGCACAGAACAAGCCAAUGCUUGUGGAGCUCAAGAACGGAGAAACGCUCAACGGACACUUGGUCAACUGCGACAAUUUCAUGAACAUAACAUUGCGGGAGGUAUAUCAAACGAGUCCCGAAGGGGAUCGAUUCUGGAAGCUGAAAGAGUGCUAUGUUCGUGGGAGUACGAUUAAAUACCUGCGUGUUCCGGACCAACUGCUGGACGAGGUUCAGUUGGAGCAGUUUCAUGCGCGCGAAAUGCAACGAGGCGGCCGAGGUGGACAAAGAGGAGGAAGAGGCGUGCCACAACGAGGUCGAGGGGGUCCGGGUGGCAGUCGUGGUACUGGACCAGGGAGGGCCGGACGGGCACGCGGUCGUGGGAGGGGGAUGUGAAGCGCGGGAGAUGUUACCAGGUAACACCUUACUCUGCUAGUCUCAUCCCAGGAAUCUUCAUAACCGACACCUUCUACUGUCGCGUUCACAUCCAACAAUACAUGUAUUCUUGC